CCCCCAUAUCCCCCUUGGCUCCCAUUGCUUAAAUACAGACUAGGACAGGGCUCUGUCUCCUCAGCCUCGGUCACCACCCAGCUCUGGGACAGCAAGCUGCCCAGCUUCUUGAUGAAGGUGGGAAAUUUCCAAGGGGCUCGCCAAAUUCAAACAAGAAGUAACAAAAACAUCAGGAAUGGAAAAAUACAGAACUCAAUUCAGUGUCCUCUCCAGCCCUAACACACCAGCCUGUUUAUGAAAACAUCAACAUGUACUGUGCAAUCCGUGUUCGGCUCUCCAGAUUAUUUACAGUGAAAGGGCAGAAAGCACGGUGGAAAAUGACUCCCUCCAUCUCAUGGGGUCUACUGCUUCUGGCAGGCCUGUGUUGCCUGGUCCCCAGCUUUCUGGCUGAGGAUGUUCAGGAGACAGACACCUCCCAGAAGGAUCAGUCCCCAGCCUCCCAUGAGAUCGCUACAAACCUGGGAGACUUUGCAAUCAGCCUAUACCGGGAGCUGGUCCAUCAGUCCAACACUUCCAACAUCUUCUUCUCCCCAGUGAGCAUUGCCACAGCCUUUGCUAUGCUCUCCCUAGGGAGCAAGGGUGACACUCACACGCAGAUCCUAGAGGGCCUGCAGUUCAACCUCACACAAACAUCGGAGGCUGACAUCCACAAGUCCUUCCAACACCUCCUCCAAACCCUCAACAGACCAGACAGUGAGCUGCAGCUGAGCACAGGCAAUGGCCUCUUUGUCAACAAUGACCUGAAGCUGGUGGAGAAGUUUCUGGAAGAGGCCAAGAACCAUUAUCAGGCAGAAGUCUUCUCUGUCAACUUUGCAGAGUCAGAGGAGGCCAAGAAAGUGAUUAAUGAUUUUGUGGAGAAGGGAACCCAAGGAAAGAUAGCUGAGGCGGUGAAAAAACUGGACCAAGACACAGUUUUCGCCCUGGCAAAUUACAUUCUCUUUAAAGGCAAAUGGAAGAAGCCAUUCGAUCCUGAGAACACUGAGGAAGCUGAGUUCCACGUGGACGAGUCCACCACGGUGAAGGUGCCCAUGAUGACCCUCUCGGGCAUGCUUCAUGUGCACCAUUGCAGCACGCUGUCCAGCUGGGUGCUGCUGAUGGAUUAUGCAGGCAAUGCCACUGCUGUCUUCCUUCUGCCCGAUGAUGGGAAGAUGCAGCAUCUGGAGCAAACUCUCAGCAAGGAGCUCAUCUCUAAGUUCCUGCUAAACAGGCGCAGAAGGUUAGCCCAGAUCCACUUCCCCAGACUGUCCAUCUCUGGAGAAUAUAACUUGAAGACACUCAUGAGUCCACUGGGCAUCACCCGGAUCUUCAACAAUGGGGCUGACCUCUCCGGAAUCACAGAGGAAAAUGCUCCCCUGAAGCUCAGCCAGGCUGUGCAUAAGGCUGUGCUGACCAUCGAUGAGACAGGAACAGAAGCUGCAGCAGUUACAGUCUUACAAAUGGUUCCUAUGUCUAUGCCCCCUAUCCUGCGCUUCGACCACCCUUUCCUUUUCAUAAUAUUUGAAGAACACACUCAGAGCCCCAUCUUUUUGGGAAAAGUGGUAGAUCCCACACAUAAAUGACCACCCUAAAAUGUCAUCCUUCCUUCUGAAUUGGGUUCCUUCCAUUAAACACAGGCUGGCCUGGCUCGUGCCUGAUGCUACAGCAAGUCCUUGACUCUGUGGGUUGUGUGUGUGUGUGUGUGUGUGUGUGUGUGUGUGUGUGUGUGUGUGUGUGUGUGUGUGUGUGUGUCUGUGUGUGUGUGUGUCUUUAUGCCCUGAGUUUGUUGUGGACUUGAGAUCAUAGUAUGUCUUGAUAUCUCCUCCAGCCAUGCAAAUAGGUUGUGGGUAGAGGACUGUGGCUGAGACCACAGACUCUGGUCCAAGAACCAUCUGCUCUAAAAAAAAUAAAUCUGUCAUCUCUGGAAAAUAAAGAGGACAUGCUCAAUGACUCAGGGUCCAGC